GGCACGCAACGCACGAGUCCAUCAUGGGCAUGGCCAGCCCGCCAAGCAAGACACGCACGAGAGCUGCCAACGCUCACCGAAGAUGCACGAAAUAGAAAGACAUGUCUGCAAGCUAAGCACAAACCCUGCUAUCAAAACCCAACACCCCUUCUCACCUCACGGCGAAGCUGAGAGGUGGACAAUCAUGCAUCAGAGGCAUCACUCAACAGCAUAGAAGUGAAGCGCUUGUGUUUUGCACUGUCAAGACUCUUAGUCAGUAGGUCAGCUGGAUUCAUACUGCCUGGCACGUACACAAGGUCAUACAGGCCUGCCUCGUACUCAAAAUGAGACGUCCAAAAGUCGCGAUCAAUGUGCUUUGUGCGCUGUGUGGCCUUCAAGUCGCCACGCAGCUCCUUCAAUGCAAUGUCAUUGUCACUAUAAACGGUACACAUGGCAGGUACACAGCCAGCAUUGACAGGCAGAAAGUCACGCAUUACAUUCUGUAUGUAUCGGACACUUGCGCCACAUGCAGCUACAGCAGUGAACUCAGCUUCAAAAGCACUUCUCGCAGGUGUCGACUGUGCACGUGAGCCCCACAUGACAGGACAGUCAGCCAAAAACAGCACUCUACCUGACGUCGCCCUGUGCUGCAUUUCUGUUUCUGACCACGAGGCAUCAGUGUACGCAUGGACCGGAAAAACCAUCACAUCACGAUCGCCAACAGAGAUAGAUGAGAGAGAAGUCGGCCGGUACAUAAGGCAUUUCUGCCGCGCAUGGAACAAGUAAGUGAGUGCAUGAAAUGCAGCAUGGAUGUGACGUGCGUGUGGAUGAUGCAAUGCACGAGACAGUCGACUGACAGUGAAAGACAGAUCGGGACGCACAGUCACAGCGCAAAAAUUAAGACAUCCAACCAUUGCACGGAAAAGUGUUGCCUGGUCUGACGCUGGCUGGUCCAUGUCAAUGGACAGGUCGACACGCAAAGGCAGAGGAGUAGAGACAGGCUUGGUAGAGGCGAGGCCAAAACGGGCAGCCACUUUGUCCAUGUGAGACGACAGAGUGAUGCGCAAAAUGCCAUCAGAGUAAGUGAUGUCGAGGCCCAAAAAGCAGCCAUAUCGACGCUCUAUUCUGAACACAGAUCCGAAGUCACGCUCAAAUGCAUUCAUUGCCUCCUCUGUGCCGGCCACACGCAUGUCAUCCACAAAACGAGCAACGACGGUACCAUUCGAUGGAUGUACGUACAGACAGGGCUCUACGAGUGAGGGUAUGCAACCUAAUUCACGGAGCUUAGCAUCACAAUGCACAUGCCACGCACGCGGAGCAUUCGACAGACCAUACAGGGCUCUCUGCAGCUUCCAACACUUGCCUGCCUUGCCAAAACCAGGGGGCAUUCGUACAUACACAGGUGUAUGUAAAGGAGAGUUCAGAAACGCUGUCUCGACAUCAUACUGACGUGUGUCAUAGCCACGCUGCACGGCAUGCACAAAGAACAUACGCAUGACAUCGAAAGAGAGAGUGGGCGAGAAAGUCAGUACGUCCGCAUCAUCUUGCUCGUAGCCACGCACAACUAGUCUUGCCUUGAACUUGUCUGGCUUGAGAGAAAACACCCAGCGUGUAGACAAGGGAGAGAAGUACGAUUCACAUUCAUCAACUUCCACACACACAUCAUGACGUUCAAGGGAGGCAAGUUCACGCUCCAUUGCACGUUUCCACCAUGGCCAAAAGGGCGAUUUCAUUGCAUCUUUCAGUGUUUUAGGCACAUCACCGUACGCAUGAGCAGCAGAGACAGCAGUGAGUUCAUCUUCAUUGUCAUGGCGCUCGCUGGACAUAUGUACCUCAUCAACCUACACACAUACAGGUAUGCAACACACAUAGACACAACACAACAGAGAGGUGACACACGUGGGUGAGCAUCGGUACGUACGUAUACACCACACACGAAAUGAAUUCACACACACAUUCACACACAUACACAUACAUACAUACAUACAUGUAGCCUAGCUGUCUGACUACCCGCGAGCUCAUUCCCCUUCUGACUGACCAGGCCAUUCAUGUACUUCUGCAUGAGGGUCUGGUACUCCUCAGUGGCCCACACACGCUUGACGGUCUCGGUCCCAGGCAGCGAUGGUAUCCGCCAGCGAAUGAAGUCCUCCAAUGUCAUGCGCGUGACCAUCUCGGGGUCGAGAGUGGCCGUCUGGAGUGAGCCGACGUGGUAGUCCUUGUAGCGGUCCUCAGGGAAGUGAACGUGUCGGCCUGCUCGUGUCGUCGUGCCCUGUGGCUGAGCUGCCUGCUCAGCUGGGGGCUGAGCUGCAGGUGCCGGUGGGUCAGCUGCCAUUGCUGGUGCCGCUGCAAGGGGCUCGUUUGCAUGCUGCUGCUGUGCAGGUGCCGGCGCCUGGAUCGCUGGUGCGGGUGCAGGUGCGUCAUGAUGCUGCUGCUGCUGCUGUUGUUGUGGUGGUGGUGGUGCCGCCUCGUCGUCCAGGUGGCCCGCACCGUCAUGCUGCUGGUCAGCGACGUCGCCAUUGCCUUGGUCCUGCUGUCCAUCAUGCUGUGGUGGAUCGGCCGCCCCAUGGUCGUGUUGGUCUGCACCUCCGUGCCCGUGUUGCUGAGGCUGAUCCCCUUCUGAGCCAUCGUUCUCGGACACAUCCGCGUCGGGCAGAGGCGGCUGGUGCUGGUGGCUGAGGUGCUGGUGCUGGCGGCUGUGGUGGAGGCACACCUUGCUGGGUGAGUGGCGGUGCAGCAGGGUGCGGGUGAGCGAAGUAGCCGUGUGGUGGGUAGGUAGGUGGUCUUGGUUGUGGCGGUGUCGGCAUGGCAGGAGGGGCAGGGAAGGGCGCCGCGGGUGUGGUCGUCUUGCCCGCCGUCUUGAGAGGGAAGGCCGACUCGUGAACCGACACAUCACGUGACUCAACUACCACCGAACGAUCAGGGAUGAACACACAGUGCACGUCCUUUGUGUUCUCCUUCCUGCCCAGGUACACCCCCUUCUCAGCCUUGAAAUCAAAUGGAUGACGGCGAGGACCCUCAGGUGCCUUGCGCUGGUGGACGUAGGCGAGCGCAUCAAACGCAUGGAUGUCCUUGUAGUCGGGCUUGACACCACGCAGGGCCUCGAUGGGGGUCAUCAGACGCUCACGAGACAAGGCAGCAUGCGGCAUACGGUUCUUCAGGUAGGUCGCCCACUUGACGGCGUACGGCCACAGCGAGUCGCGAAACGCCCACAGUCCGCUCUGGUGCAGCAGCUUUCUCGACAUGUCCACGAUGAUGCCUAUGGAGCGCUCGACGAUGCCAUUCUGGUGCUGAUGGUGGGCGGCGCUGAACUCCUGCUUGAUGUUGAGGUCGGUGCACGUUGAGGAGAACAGACGAGAGUGGAACUCGCCUUCGUUGUCGGUGCGAAGACGAUGGACGUCGUGGCCGUACUCGGUGCGGAAGAGCUUGAGUGCGCGUAAGACGGUAUUGGCGGUGUGGUCGGACAGCACGUAGACGAAUGCGGCACGAGUGAAGACGCAGACGAAGAGCAUGAAGCAGGUGAAUCUCGAGACCAAGCUGCCGAUGAUGCUGGUCUUGACGGGCUUGACGUCUGCCGUGACGAGGUCGCCGAUGAAGUCAGCCUUGAUGGGCUCUCCCUCCUUGGGCACUUCGCGCAUCGCGCCGAG